AUGAGUGGAUCAAUUUCAUCUUCAGAUUCAGAAGAAACAUCAUUUGUAUUAACUGAAUAAGAAAGAAUUUUAAAAAGUUCAAACAUAUUCAAAUAGAAAGAACAAAGUAAUAACAAAUGUUCAAAACAUCCAAAUAAAAAAGUAAAUGUUAUAAAUGAACUCAGGCAAAAUACUAUGUAUAAUGCGAUAAAACUAAAUAAUUUUGUUCUAAAUGUGCAUUGACUUUAGCAUUGAAAGGAUUAAAAAUUGAGGAGACAUAAGAGAAUUAGCAUGAAGUUCUAAGAUAACAACGGAUAAAUCGUUUUUAAGAACUAUUGUAAUAAAUAAUGGAAUAAUGCACCCAUAAAUCUUAGGAAUUUAGUAACAUAGAGACAAUAUCAAGUAAAUAACUUUUAGAACAUCAAGAAAGUUGUUAAUAAUUCUUUGAUUCUGUUAUAUAGACUGCAAAUUAAUUAAAAUAAACUUAUUUAUAGAAGUUCCAAAAUGAUCAUCAUAUGUUAUUAAACUCCAUUCAAUCUAAAGCUAAUUAAAUUAAAUAGAUAGAUGCAUAAAUAAAGUAAUUUUAGAUAGAUAUUGAAAAAAAUCAUAACAAUAUAGUUAAGAAAAUGGAUAUGAAGCCAUUUGAAGAUAUUAUGAGUAGAUAUGAAAAGAGAGUUCUUCAAACAAAAGAAUAGUUAUAAGAAUGUACUUAAGAAUUUUAAGCAAAACCUAUUAAAUUUGAACAGAGUCAAAUUUUGGCAGAUAUGAAUAAAAUGUGUUACAAUCUCUUAUUAUUAAAAAGUGAAGAUUCAUCAACAUCUAAUAAUCAUUCUUUAUAAAUAAAAUUAGAAAAUAGUCCAAAGAUUAGAUAGAAUACCAACAAUUCUCCUGUAGAUAUGAAAGUGUUUGAAAUGUUAGAGGCAGAAGAUAUAUAUUAGAGUACUUAUUCUAAUCCUAUCAAGGAUCAUACAUAAUCUCCAAUAAGAAUUCUAUAAUAGCAAUAAUAAUCAUCAUAAUAAUAAAUUUAAAAAUCAAAAUCAAAAUCAAAUACUUAUUCUAAUCCAACUUCCACAAUAUAAAAUUCAAGAAGAGAAAGUAGAACUAAUACUCCAGAGAGCUGGUAGUAAACAAAUUAUAUUCAAAAAAAUAAUCAAUUAAUUACUCAAAAUGAAAGAGAAAGUUAUAAACAUAAUAUUAGUGUAGGAGAAUAAUUGAAUUCAUAAAAAUGUUUAAAUAAAUAAUUGGAAAUGAAUGAAAAAUAUUAUGUGUAAAAAAAUGAAAAAUAAAAAACCUCUUCUGAAUUUGAUAAAAAUAAUGAAUAAUCUAAUUAAUAAUUAAUAAAUAAUUUAAAUUAGUUGUAUAUGUAAAAACAUAACAAGGAUACAGAUAGGAAAAGUUUUGAAGAUGGAUUAUAAUUAACACCUAAACAUUAAAAAAAUAUGACAGCUGCAGGUCCUUAAACUUUUAAAUUACUUACUAAUCAUGCUAGUUAAAGAUGUAAAACUAUUUUAUUAUAUCUAAGCUCAAUACUAAUAUCCUUAAGUGAAUAAUAAUUUAUUUGAACAAAAAAGUUAAAAAGAAUUUUCAAAAACCAAUUAUGAUUCUUUACCUAACUAAAAAUCAUUAACUCCACUUCACUAAGAACCAUAAUCAAGAAAUAAUUAAUAAUUAAAUUAAAAGAUUGAUAACCAUUAAAAUAGAAGAUCUAAUUCUAAAUAACCAAAAUAGCCUUCUUUUGAUCAAAUUGAAGGUAAAAGGUAAUAUAUCAUAGCAAAUAUUAAUUCUUAAUAAUAUACUUCAUAACCUAGUUAAUAUGUUCAAAAUGAAGAUACUUUAAAAGAUAGAAUUCUUAAAGAAUUAUGUAGUCAUCCUGGAGAAUCUAUAUAUAAUUAGGUUUUAAAAUUAAAUAGUUAAUAAAAAUAGAAAAAUCAAAAGUUAAUCUCAAAAGAGAAUGUUGAAUAAUCAACAACUGUUAGAAAUAAAAAUAACAAUGGAUUUUUAUGUGUUAAGAAAUAAUCUUAUUAACAAUGA